GGUUCUGUGCAUUUCUAACAGCCAAGAAUUAGCUGAUGGUCGAUGUACAUAUAGGCUUCGCUUAUGGUCUGCUGUUCUUGUAUCUCGACGGUCUGUUCGAUGUGUUCGUCGUCAACUACGGGUUGUCCUGUGUCGGGGUAAUCAUGUUCGUCUUGUUCGUGCCGGUGCAAACCUGGCUUGUCAGAUGGGACCGCAAGAAGAACGGCGGGAAAAUUCGCCCAGAAUCUCUGUAUGGGGCUUUCCCAUUUCAUUGUUCUGGUUUGCAUGGACCUCAGCGCCUGGUUUGGGACACACCUCGUACUGGAGCCCUGUCAUGGCCGCAAGUAGGUCAUCCCGCCUUUUUCAAUCCCCGUGCGCUGUCCUUACGACCAUCUUUCCUCGGUGCUGCUGGAUGCACCCAUCUUGGCGUUUACCUAUUCCAGCGGCUGAGGACGCAGGUGGCGGUAUCCAUCCUAGCUGCCAUCAGCUUCGGUGUCGUUAUACUGAUCUGCAUGUGGGUUACUGGCUGA